AUGAGGAAAAGAACAAACAUUCAAGCCUCAGACAUGGACUUCUCUGGGACCUGGAAAGUCUACUCUGAAGAAAACCUGGAGAACUUUCUCAAAGCAGUCGGUGCUCCUGAGAUGGUUGUUAAAAUGCGCAGAGAAAUCAAACCCACAAUAAUCAUCGAACAAAAUGGAAAAGACUUCACUUACACCAUAAAGACUCCGGUCCGCACCACGGUCAACGCCUUCAGCAUCGGCAAAGAGACGGAGAUCACCGGACUGGACGGACGCCGGUUCAAGUGCACUGUCAGGGAGGAGGAUGGGAAGCUGAUCACGGAGUCGGACAAAAUCACGUCUGUGCGAGAGAUUCAGGGAGAGGACAUGGUGGAGAAAGUGACGUCAGGCUCUGUGACCUUCAUCAGCAAAAGUAAACGUGUCUAA